ACGACCACCCAAACUCUCCAAUCGCCGGCCGAGAGACAUACCAAGCAAUCUUCCGAGCAGCACCAGUGCUACUGACCACACGUAACACGAGACUGCCAUGGCCGAGGUCUGUCUCCAAACCUUGUGUCGCCACUGCGCGCCACGACGAAGAUAGACGGCACACGCAAGAGCCCAGCUCAACCAAUCCAGCUCAAUUACUUACAGAGUAGUUGAGCGCAGCUAACGAGGGGGGGAGGAAGUGCUCACCGGCAACCUCCCCACCAUCGCCGUUGACUGGAGUGCCACAUGGGAAGCCCUAAGCCAACACCACACGGAUGUGCCACUGCCAAACACCCCCGGUGCAAGGGUCAUGCCCAGGCCCCGACAUCGAGGGGCUCGUAUCCCCCGCCCAUGCCUUGGGUGGUUGGCUAAAGCUGACUUGUGCGACGGCGGGCCGCCAAGUCCCUUGGCAAGUUGGCAUCGGCUGAAAGGCAGCAGAGUUUUCGGUCUUCGCCUACAGUCAGUCAGGUCCAGUUCCUGGGAGCCAGAGCUGCUGGUCAGGAGGAGAGAAGAAGAUUUCAGGAGACCCGUGUUCAGGGCCCAGUUGGAUGGCAGAAAGGUCGGCCAGCUCCGACGCGCAUCCGAGGCUCGAACUUGGAACUUCUGGGGGCCGCCAACAAAGAAUCCAACCUCCCCCGUGCCGGCGGAGGUUCGGGUCGGACCACCAGCUCGAUCAGGACGGCGAUGCAGGGUCUCCCGACCAACACGGGCUGGCACAGUUGCAGUGGCGGCUGGGCGUCUUGCUGGCAGCAGGUGCGCGAUGUAAUUAGCCGCGAGGAGGCACCCCGGUCGAUGUUACAUUGGCUGCC